AUGGAUGGAAUUAUGGAUAUAAACUCUGCAAAAUCAACUCUGGCCAAGGUACAGUGCCCCCGGGAUACUCAUUUCUGGGUGUACGAUGACGGAUCUUACGAGGAAGAAGGUCAAAAUAACAUCAAGGGAAACAUAUGGGGAAAGGCAUCCACUCGUUUCAUUUGUUCGUUGUUAUCACUGCCCGUACCACUUGGAAAUCCCCACGGUCCAAAAGAAGAUCCAUCUACUUUUUCUGGUAGGUCUGCACCCGAGUACUUGGAGCAGGGAAGAGUCCAGAAACUCCUGCUGUUUGGGUUGGAGGGUUCUGGGACAAGUACCAUCUUCAAGCAGGUCAAGUUUCUAUAUGGAAACAAGUUUACUGCUGAAGAGCUGCAGAACAUUAAGCUUAUGAUUCAAAGUACCAUGUAUAAAUACCUCAGUGUGUUACUUGAGGGACGAGAGCGUUUUGAAGAAGAGGCUUUGAUGGAGAAAAGUACCGCUGGUUUGGAUGGUGAAGUCUUCGCGCCAGGUGAAAUGGGAUUUAUCGGAGGAGGCCAGUGCAUCUAUUCAAUCAACCAGAGGUUGAAGCACUUUUCUGACUGGUUAUUGGAUAUCAUGGCUAUGGGAGAUUUGGACAUUUUCUUUCCUGCUGCAACCCGUGAGUAUGCUCCUGUUGUGUAUGAGGUUUGGAAGGACCCUGCUAUCCAGGAAACUUACAAAAGAAGGGAGGAACUGCAUUUUCUUCCAGAUGUUGCCAAAUAUUUCUUGGAUCAGUCCCUUCUAAUUAAUUUGGAAGUAAACACACACCCACUGCCCGUAAUUCCAACCCUACAUCUCUCAAAGGGCCUACAACAAGGAGGAAUGGUGGAAACUUAUGAGGCACUAAUUGAUGCAGGAAUGUCUUCCAAUCAAAGCAACCAAUGCUGUCAUGUGAUCUGA